UCUCAUUGUUAAUUUGAUGCUUAUAAAAGCCAAAGAACAGUCACCCACAUCUAUGAAUAAUCCUAGGGCUAACCGUGUAGAAAUAUAUUGGUUACCUUUGGUUCUUAACCGUAAUCAAGAUAUUCAAACUAACCCUCUCUUUUUCGGUGCCAAAACCUUACAGGGCAUCGGCAACAAUGGAAGCUGGACGAAAUACAACGUGCCAUCGGUGCAACAAAAGAUCAUUAGUGAAGGGAAGAAACAAAAGUCUAGGAAUUGAUUGUCCGUCGUGCAGCAACUUUUUUCCAAUUCCGAACGAGGAGCUGCAGACAAGCCAGCUCCAAGGAUUUCGCAGCCGAAUGAGACGUCUUGCCAGUCAUUUGAAAAGUAAGAUUCAUCAAGGAGCCGUAGCUGCUUCCUUAAAUCAUGAGCCCUCUGGUCCUAACCCGACAAGAUCCAGCAAGCGUGCAGUGCUUUGUGGAAUCACUUACAAUAAAUUGAAGUACAAGCUUAAAGGAACUAUUAACGACGUGAAAAACAUGAGAGAAUUGUUGAUUACUAGAUUUGGUUACCGCAGAGAGUGCAUUCGUGUUCUUACCGAAGAGGAGACAGACCAACGCUACAUCCCAACAAGGCAAAACAUCGAGGAUUCCUUGAGAUGGCUGGUGACUGACUGCCGGUCAGGAGAUUCACUGGUGUUCUUCUACUCUGGACAUGGCUUACGACAACCUGAUUUCAACAACGAUGAGGAAGAUGGGUUCGACGAAACCAUCUGUCCAGUUGAUUUUCCGAAAGCGGGCAUGAUCCUCGAUAGUGAUCUCAAUUCCCUCAUCGUUCGGCCGCUCAAGCCUGGUGUCACGCUUCACGCCAUUGUUGAUGCUUGUCAUAGUGGAACGAUUUUAGAUCUUCCAAAUGUUUACUUCAGUCUAGAGAACAAAUGGAAAAAUAAUGGUCCUCCAUCGGGUGCAAACAAACGUACAGAUGGCGGAUUAGCUAUCUCUAUCAGUGCUUGUCUUGAUAACGAAGCCGCCGUAGAUACCUCUGCCUUUAAUGGGAAGAUGAAUGGUGCUCUGACCUACCUCUUGGCGGAGGUUCUGAAAAAACUUCCGGGCCCAACAUAUGGGGACCUAUUUGAUUUAAUCCAUGAGACCUUUGAUAACGUUAAUCAAGGAUGCCUUGUUAAUACAAGAAUCUUAAGGAGGCUCUUCGAUUACAGAUUAUCACAGACGCCACUUCUUUCGUCUUCUCAUGAGUUUGAUGUUUACAAAAAGCAUUUGUUCUUGUAAGAGGCCACAUACUUGUGGAACUGAAGGGUGCCAAUAACAAGCGAGUCUACGCGGUAAUAGAUACCUGCGAUGACAUCCAGAGCUGUAAGCAUACGUGCAGGAAGUAUGUAAGCAAAGCAAUAAGGAGUAAAUUUGAGUUUUCGCCACCCAAUUCAGAGCUAUGAAAUCUUUAAACAAUAAACCUGGAGAAAAUAAAAGCUCAUUUGUGGGUGGCCAUCCAGAUGUGUGCCUAAUACAUUUAAUCUGACUUUGGAUUUUGUGUAAUAUCAAAUGCAUCGAAAAUAAUGAAUGUUGUAAAGUGUUGGGAUGAGAAAUUCAUCGUCUCUGUUUAUAUAA